AUGGUGUGUAUUUUGAUGGAGCAGGUGACACCGGGAGGCAGCUGCCAGGACCUCAAGAAGUCGGUGAUCGAUCCUAACAGUGUGCUCGAAGCCUCAUGGAGCUUUUCUAACAACUGCUUCGACGAUUACAUAUGCCGGUUCACCGGCGUGGAAUGCUGGCACCCUGAUCAGAACAGGGUUCUCGGGUUGCGUCUCGGCAACCUCAGACUCGAAGGUCCAUUCCCUCGAGGCCUCCAGCUUUGCAGCUUCAUGACCGCUCUCGACAUGUCCGGCAACAACUUCUCAGGGCCCCUCCCGGAACACAUGUUCGAGCAGAUGGCGUACAAAACCUACCUGUGGCAUAUUUCCUUCAACCUGGACCUCUCGAACAACAGUUUCUCAGGCAUGAUCCCUGCAAGCAUUGGGAACAUGACGUACCUGAGCACCCUCGCCCUUCAGCACAACCAGUUCGAUGGCGGAAUUCCGGCGCAGCUGGGCAACACUUCGCGGCUCAUUUCGUUCAAUGUCGCCGACAAGUCACUAUCAGGUCCUGUCGCAGACUCUCUGCAGCGCUUCCCACAAGCCAACUUCACGGGCUAUCCGGGGCUCCGCGGGGUGCCACUGGACAACAGGUGCAAGAAGAGGUUUAUGGUGCGGAUACAUGUUCGGCUUGUCCUGAUCCGGGAGAUGUUCGUCCGGAUUCGGAAGCUAUUGCACAGGAUCAACGACGCGUCCAUCAUCGGGGCGUCGGCUGGGUUCAUCUUUCGGUUCGUGGUGGCCUUCUACUUCCCGCACAAGUUCUUGUUUUGUGGGAGGCUCCAGCCCUACACCUUACGUGUUUGUGGGUGA